UAUAAGUGGUUUUCAACUUGCAUUCCGUCAACCCACCAGAACGGCCCCCAAACCCUUCCAUACAGUCUAUCUAUGCCAGUAGUCACUGGCCGUGCAUUCAUAUUACCUGCCUACCGUAUCUAUAUCCCGGGGGUUAUAUAUGUCAAGUACCGGCACACGCCAGUCCGAAAAGGAUCCGGCACCCAUCUUCCUUCCCAACCAAGCUUCUCUCAUUGAUAAUUCAUUUCUACUCGACUCCAUUAAUAUCAACCUUAACUCUUAGCCGAAUAUAAGCGAGCAUCACGAAAUGCAAUACUGAUUCUGACACAAGGACUCCUGCCUGUCGUCCAAGACUCGAAAGGCACAACUUGAAAUUACCUAUAUUAUAUUAGAACAUAAGCGUAGGAGCGAGACAAGAUGGAUCCAUGCUCAUCCAAGAAACACGAAUCGAUUCCCAACAAGUCGCCCAAGCCUAGGUCCAGGCUUUCGGGAGACGACUGGUCCGAAGUUACGGAGCCCGAGGAGCGAAGACGCAUUCAAAAUCGACUAGCUCAGCGAAAAUUCCGAGAGAAAGUCAGAGAGCAGAAAGAAAAGGCAGAAAGGGAGUCGCGCAACUUAGAAAACGCAGCCAGCAGUUACCGGCUCCCCUCGUCAGACGAAAUCGCAGCAGACGACGGCAUAGACCUCUCAGGCCUGCCUUGGGGAAGCCUCAGCAUGACGCAUGUUCUAGCGAGGGGCUACGAGACGGAAAGCAGACGUAGCGGAGGCAGCUGCGACGGCGACGGCGAAGGCGAUAAUAACAACUAUACCAACGAGGCGAGGAAAGACGACGCGGCACCGGCACAGUGCUACGCGAAGUCGAGCCCGCACCAACUAUACCAGGUGGUUAACUACGGGAGCAGGAACUAUGAGAGCAGGUCAUACAGCAGCGGAGGCGACGAUUUCGCAUGCCAAGAUCUGCCGACGUAUUACUUCGACUUCGGUCUAAAUAGCGGAUAUAGUCACCACCAGUAUCAUUACCGGACUUAGACGCGGAGGCGAGAAGGGGGGGAGGGAGCUGAGAAUAGGCUGUCAACGCCUCUAUUUCUGUCUUACUAUUUGCUCUGCCUGUGGUGGCGGAGAUCUUGGGUGGAUUAUGGAUUAUGGAUUAUGGAUUUUGGAUUCUGUUGGUCGGAGUACGAAUGGAUGGGAAUGACAAUUUUGGAAAACAACUAUUAACGGACAGAGGAGGAGGGUUUGCUAGACAGCAUUGCCGCAAUGAUUUCUUCUGGUUUGGUUUGCAUUGAUUUACUUUGCUUUUUAUUUUUAUUAUUUAUUUAUUUUUUUUUUCUUUUCUUCACUUAACUAUAACUAUGUUCAAACUAACUACCUGAUGUAACUUUAUUACGGGUACGACGAGAAAAGGAGGGAAGUGAGAUAAGGCGAGAUAUACAUCAGGUGUAACGGUUCCUCUAGACAAUGGAUUAGCUAUGUAACCUAACCUAACCUAUACUUAGACUUGGACUUGGACUUAUACCAAGGCGGCGACGACCUCUCUCACCGCGAGCCUCAUCGUACGACACGAUAACUAUGGUGAAGCCCAAGCCCGUCUUGAGACAUGCUGUCACAAUAGAGGUAGGGUAGUGGUGGUAGUUUCAAGUUUCAAGUUCACGGCGUUGGUUUUGCUGUGCCGCUAUGCUACAUCUGCUGUGGCACGUACAUACAUGCGUAAACGGGGGUAGGGCAUCUA